AUGUUCGGCAGCAGUGCGCUCCCGCUCCCCUCCAACUUCGCGGCUCAAGACCACCAUCGCCCCCUCCGGUUGACUAGCGAUUCCCGCGCAUCUCCCGCGGGGGAUGCAUUGCUAGAGAGGAUCAAACGGCUAGAAGAGACCAUACACCAUGAACGCGAGAUCCGGGAGACGGCCCUGCAACGGGAGCGCUCGCUUUGGGAACGAGAAGUUAGAAUUCUUCGCGAGGCACUGGCGCCGUUCUAUACCAGCGAACAAGAUAUGCGCCGAAAAUUGAUCGAGGUUGAAGACCGGGUUGAAGGCAACUAUGAUGAGCAAAUUCGGUUGAAAGAUCGCGUGGUUGCGGUGGAUGACGCCAACAUGACUUUGGAGAAGCGGGUUGAUGAGAUUGAACAAUCCAGAUCCAAGCGACGCCGCGUCAGCCGGCAACCGGUCCAGGAGGAUGUGCCAAUGUACCCAAACAGCAGUGACGAACGCCGAAUCUCGGAUGAACGGUCUGUGAACUCGAACUCGUCCUACGCCUUAUCUCCUAGCAGCAAUCUCAUGCCGUUGGCCCCAGAACGCGAAGAGGCUCGAUCAAGUGGUAUCUUGAACUUGGUCGAGAUGACGGCACGCUCACGCCUUCAUCCAACCCCACCUGUCCGCGCCGUACAACAUCGUCCAGAAGAAGCCCGCUCCAGCGGCUUUCUUGCCCUUGAUUUGGCGGAACGGCUUGGCAAGAAUCAUGGCACAGGCGUUGCACCGGCCGCUCCAUCAACUGGACCACCCCCGCCACCCUAUAUGUCAUUCAAAGACCGAUAUAGCCCGCCAGGAUACGCUCAGUCUGAUCCGGAUGCAACAACUACACGACGGAGCCCAAGCUUUGCACCUCCUGGACAGUCCCCCGGCGAUCUAUCACCAAGAAAGAGAAAACAUUUGACCGAACACAUGGCAUUGGACGUCCUCGCCGACGUCAGUAUGGCGUCGCCGUUGAUUCAUGGAUAA